AGACAGACGACGCGUGAUCUCCUCACCGCAGCUUUGGGGUCUCCUUGUAGCCUUGGCCUGGCCGAUUGAUCUUCAGGACCUAAAGUUGCCGGAGGAGCGCCUGCCCUGCUGGAGGAGGGUGGAGGGGAGGUGGGAGACGCGUACCUGUGUCAGCUCUACUGCCCUGAAUAUUAUUACUGUUACUUCCAUAUUAUUUUGUGUACAUUUACCCGGACACGCUGGGUUCCUAGCCCCGCGCCAGAUACUGGGCCUCAGACACAGCGCGAUUCGCGCGGAGAAACGAGCUAAAGAGGAACCCCCCGCGCCGGCGAGCGAGGAGGCGGCGGGGGAAGAUGAGUGGCGUGGGUUGGCAGACGCUGUCCCUGUCGCUGGGGUUAGUGCUGGUGAUCCUGAACGAGGUGGCGCCGCAGGCGUGCCCGGCGCAGUGCUCCUGCUCGGGCAGCACAGUGGACUGUCACGGGCUGGCGCUGCGCAGCGUGCCCAGGAAUAUACCCCGCAACACCGAGAGACUGGAUUUGAAUGGAAAUAACAUCACACGGAUUACCAAGACAGAUUUUGCUGGUCUUCGACACCUAAGAGUUCUUCAGCUUAUGGAGAAUAAGAUUAGCACCAUUGAAAGAGGAGCAUUCCAGGAUCUUAAAGAACUGGAGAGACUGCGUUUAAACAGAAAUCACCUUCAGCUGUUUCCUGAGUUGCUGUUUCUUGGGACUUCGAAGCUGUAUAGGCUUGAUCUCAGUGAAAAUCAAAUUCAGGCAAUUCCAAGGAAGGCUUUCCGUGGGGCAGUUGACAUUAAAAAUCUGCAACUGGAUUACAACCAGAUCAGCUGUAUUGAAGAUGGGGCAUUUAGGGCUCUGCGGGACUUGGAAGUGCUCACUCUCAACAAUAACAACAUUACUAGACUUUCUGUGGCAAGUUUCAACCAUAUGCCUAAACUUAGGACUUUUCGACUGCACUCGAACAAUCUGUAUUGCGACUGCCACCUGGCCUGGCUUUCUGACUGGCUGCGCCAGAGGCCCCGGGUUGGUCUCUACACUCAGUGUAUGGGCCCGUCCCACCUGCGGGGCCAUAACGUAGCUGAGGUGCAAAAACGCGAAUUUGUCUGCAGUGAUGAGGAAGAAGGUCACCAGUCCUUUAUGGCUCCUUCUUGCAGUGUUCUGCACUGUCCAGCUCCUUGUACGUGUAGCAACAAUAUCGUAGACUGUCGUGGGAAAGCUCUCACUGAGAUCCCCACGAAUCUGCCAGAGACCAUCACAGAAAUACGUUUGGAACAGAACUCAAUCAAGGUCAUCCCUCCUGGAGCUUUCUCACCAUAUAAAAAGCUUAGAAGAAUUGACCUGAGCAAUAAUCAGAUCUCUGAACUAGCACCAGAUGCUUUCCAAGGACUACGCUCUCUGAAUUCACUUGUCCUCUAUGGAAAUAAAAUCACGGAACUCCCAAAAAGUUUAUUUGAAGGACUAUUUUCCUUACAGUUACUAUUAUUGAAUGCCAACAAGAUAAACUGCCUUCGGGUAGAUGCUUUUCAGGAUCUGCACAACUUGAACCUUCUCUCCUUGUACGACAACAAGCUUCAGACCAUUGCCAAGGGGACUUUUUCACCUCUCCGGGCCAUUCAGACCAUGCAUUUGGCCCAGAACCCCUUUAUUUGUGACUGCCAUCUCAAGUGGCUGGCGGAUUAUCUCCAUACCAACCCCAUCGAGACCAGUGGUGCCCGCUGCACCAGCCCCCGGCGUCUGGCAAACAAAAGAAUCGGACAAAUCAAAAGCAAGAAAUUCCGUUGUUCAGCUAAAGAACAGUAUUUCAUUCCAGGUACAGAAGAUUAUCGAUCAAAAUUAAGUGGGGACUGCUUUGCAGAUUUGGCUUGCCCUGAAAAGUGCCGCUGUGAAGGAACCACAGUAGAUUGCUCCAAUCAAAAACUCACCAAAAUCCCAGACCACAUUCCCCAGUACACUGCAGAGCUGCGUCUCAAUAAUAAUGAAUUCACAGUGUUGGAAGCUACAGGAAUCUUCAAGAAACUUCCGCAGUUACGUAAAAUAAACUUUAGCAACAAUAAGAUUACAGACAUUGAAGAAGGAGCAUUUGAAGGAGCUUCUGGUGUCAAUGAAAUACUUCUCACGAGUAAUCGCUUGGAAAAUGUUCAGCAUAAGAUGUUCAAGGGAUUAGAAAGCCUGAAAACUUUGAUGUUGAGAAGUAAUCGUAUAAGCUGUGUUGGCAAUGAUAGUUUCAUAGGACUGAGUUCUGUGCGUUUGCUUUCUUUAUAUGAUAAUCAAAUUACUACCAUCGCACCAGGGGCAUUUGAUACUCUCCAUUCUUUAUCUACUCUAAACCUGUUGGCCAAUCCUUUUAACUGCAACUGCUACCUGGCUUGGCUGGGUGAAUGGCUAAGGAAGAAAAGAAUUGUAACCGGAAAUCCUCGCUGUCAGAAACCAUACUUCCUCAAAGAAAUCCCCAUCCAGGAUGUCGCCAUUCAAGACUUCACCUGUGAUGAUGGCAAUGAUGAGAGUAGCUGUUCUCCACUCUCUCGCUGCCCCACGGAAUGCACAUGCUUGGAUACAGUGGUCCGAUGCAGCAACAAGGCCUUGAAGGUCUUGCCCAAAGGUAUUCCCAGAGACGUCACUGAAUUGUAUCUGGAUGGGAACCAAUUUACAUUGGUGCCUAAGGAGCUCUAUAACUACAAACAUUUAACACUUAUAGACUUAAGUAACAACCGAAUAAGCACCCUUUCUAAUCAAAGCUUCAGCAACAUGACCCAGCUCCUCACCUUAAUUCUUAGUUACAACCGUUUGAGAUGUAUUCCUCCUCGAACCUUCGAUGGCUUGAAGUCUCUCCGAUUACUUUCAUUACAUGGAAAUGACAUUUCUGUUGUGCCUGAAGGUGCUUUCAAUGAUCUUUCUGCGUUAUCACACCUGGCAAUUGGAGCCAACCCUCUUUACUGUGAUUGUAACAUGCAGUGGUUAUCGGACUGGGUAAAGUCGGAAUACAAAGAACCCGGAAUUGCUCGCUGUGCCGGUCCUGGAGAAAUGGCAGAUAAAUUAUUACUCACGACUCCCUCCAAAAAAUUUACAUGCCAAGGUCCCGUGGAUGUCAGUAUUCUAGCUAAAUGUAAUCCCUGCUUAUCAAACCCAUGUAAAAACGAUGGCACCUGUAACAAUGAUCCAGUUGACUUUUAUCGCUGUACCUGUCCCUAUGGUUUCAAGGGACAAGACUGUGAUGUCCCGAUUCAUGCAUGCAUCAGUAACCCAUGUCAACAUGGAGGAACUUGCCACUUAAAGGAAGGAGAAAAAGACGGAUUCUGGUGUAUUUGUGCUGAUGGAUUUGAAGGAGAAAAUUGUGAAGUCAAUGUUGACGACUGUGAAGAUAAUGACUGUGAAAAUAACUCUACAUGUGUGGAUGGAAUUAAUAACUACACGUGCCUUUGUCCACCUGAGUACACAGGCGAGUUGUGUGAGGAGAAGCUGGACUUCUGUGCCCAGGACCUGAACCCCUGCCAACACGACUCCAAGUGCAUCCUGAUGCCAAAGGGAUUUAAGUGCGACUGCACACCAGGGUAUGUGGGUGAGCACUGCGACAUUGACUUUGAUGACUGCCAAGAUCACAAGUGUAGAAACGGAGCCCACUGCACGGAUGCAGUGAACGGCUAUACAUGCAUCUGCCCUGAAGGUUACAGUGGCCUGUUCUGUGAAUUUUCUCCACCCAUGGUCCUCCCUCGAACCAGCCCCUGUGAUAACUUUGAUUGUCAGAAUGGAGCCCAGUGCAUCAUCAGGAUAAAUGAGCCCAUCUGCCAGUGUUUGCCGGGCUACCAGGGAGAGAAGUGUGAAAAGUUGGUCAGCGUGAAUUUUGUCAACAAAGAGUCUUAUCUUCAAAUUCCUUCAGCCAAGGUCCGGCCUCAAACGAACAUCACCCUACAGAUUGCCACAGAUGAAGACAGCGGAAUCCUUCUGUAUAAGGGCGACAAGGACCAUAUUGCCGUCGAACUGUACCGGGGACGGGUCCGCGCCAGCUACGACACCGGCUCACACCCGGCUUCUGCCAUUUACAGUGUGGAGACGAUCAAUGAUGGAAACUUUCACAUUGUGGAGCUACUUGCCCUGGAUCAGAGUCUCUCCCUCUCCGUGGAUGGAGGGAGCCCCAAAAUCAUCACCAACUUGUCAAAGCAGUCCACUCUGAAUUUUGACUCUCCCCUCUAUGUAGGAGGCAUGCCAGGGAAGAACAACGUGGCUGCGGCACUGCGCCAGGCUCCCGGGCAGAACGGAACCAGCUUCCACGGCUGCCUCCGCAACCUCUACAUCAACAGCGAGCUGCAGGACUUCCGCAAGGUGCCCAUGCAGACCGGCAUUCUGCCCGGCUGUGAGCCGUGCCACAAGAAGGUGUGCGCCCACGGCACGUGCCGGCCCAGCAGCCAGUCGGGCUUCAGCUGUGAGUGUGAGGAAGGCUGGACCGGGCCCCUCUGUGACCAGAGGACCAAUGACCCCUGUCUUGGAAAUAAAUGUGUGCACGGCACCUGCUUGCCCAUCAAUGCGUUCUCCUACAGCUGUAAGUGUCUGGAGGGCCACGGCGGUGUGCUCUGUGAUGAAGAGGAGGAUCUGUUUAACCCCUGCCAGGCGAUCAAGUGCAAGCAUGGGAACUGCAGGCUCUCGGGACUGGGGCAGCCCUACUGUGAAUGCAGCAGUGGGUACACUGGAGACGGCUGUGACCGAGAAAUCUCUUGUCGAGGGGAGCGGAUACGAGAUUAUUACCAAAAGCAGCAGGGCUAUGCCGCUUGCCAGACAACCAAGAAGGUGUCCCGGUUGGAAUGCAGAGGUGGGUGUGCGGGAGGACAGUGCUGCGGACCUCUGAGGAGCAAGCGGCGGAAAUACUCUUUCGAAUGCACUGAUGGGUCUUCGUUUGUGGAUGAGGUCGAGAAGGUGGUGAAGUGUGGUUGUUCCAGGUGUGCCUCCUAAUUGUGCCCCUGGCACCUUGUGUCUUUGGGGAAUGUUGUCUACUUCUCGACUGCGGUGGACUCAUUAAUGCUUCAUAGUGGAAAUAUUUGAAAUAUAUUGUAAAAUACAGAACAGACUUAUUUUUAUUAUGAGAAUAAAGACCUUUUUUUUUUUUUCUGCAUUCUGGAAAAAAAAAAAAAUGCUUGAACUAACGCUUCCCCGGUGAGAGAGAAGUAGGAAGAGAGAGAGAACCCGGAGGCCUCGGCCCACGGGUGGGAAGCGUUGCGACGCGAAUUCAUCUUUGCAACAUGCUGAAGACGAGGGAGAGCCAAGCUCCUGUGUGCUGCGUGACAUCAGCACCCAGACCGUAAAGCCCCUGUGGCCUCGUGCCCGUCUCUGGGGCUCACGAGGAUACACCGAGCACCUGUGUGGGAUUGAGGAUGGUUGAGGAUGCAAGGUGGAGGAGGGGAACUCGAGAAUUCACUGAACACGCGGUUGAGAAAUAUUCGGUGCAAAACAGUGUCCUUGAAGACCUGGGUUCUGUUCACGAGAGGGUUGGGAGAGCUAACCUAACAGGUGUAUCUUCUUUUUAAACGUCAGCAUGUUAGCAGAAGCAGCACACAAAAGUGUUUAUCUACCGUUUUCCAGUAUUAAUUUUUUUGUAAUAUAAAUGAUAAAGGAGAUGAUAAAGAACCAAUAGAUUAUUGAUAAAUAAAUUAGUAAUAAUAUGAAUUUUUGUUUCUAUGAGUUCAAAACAGCCCUAUACAGUAUGCAGUUCCGAUGAGAAAUAUUUAUUGUAUCAAAGGACAUUGUACUUAACAUGGUAGGCCAUUCUUUUACUGUUUCUCAAUGCUUUAAUAUAUAUUAAUUUAUAAUUGUCCUGAUAUUUUUGUAUAUUUUUCAAACUUAAAAAUCAGGAUUGGGGUGGGGGGGGUUGGCCAUAGUACUAACAUAGGCUGUUAUAUUGGGAUAAAUAUGUGUUGAUCGGUUUGUUUACCCUGACAUCUGACCACUGGUGUCACCGACCUACUGGCCUCAUUCAGGACACCUGCAGAGAGUAUGUAAAGUCUAUGCGUGAGACGGUCUUUGUACAGAAAGAAGGGGCCAGCCCCUCUGCAGCGUGUCCUCCCAGAACAGAAAUGGUGUGUAGCAAUCGACACUAGAAAAGUAGAUAUUUUACAAAUUAAUAUUUCCUUGACAUUUUUUGCCCUUUUAUCAGGGGCGGGGGGCAGAGAGAAAAGGCUGUAAUGUCAAGAACUGUGAUUUUCUUUUUCCAAACAAUAAAGCUCCUUUAUUACCUUAAUGUUCCCAUGUUAACGUUUGCUGCUAAAUUACAAUGUAGAAUUGCUAAUGAUUUAUAGAGGACUGUGCUCUUCCCUUAUGAAAAUCCCAGGGUACCCUGUGAAGAUGCAGCUGUUCCUUUCCAAAAACUUUUUUUAUGCAGAAAAUUAGAUGUACAUGUAUAAUUCAGUGUGCUUUGUCUUUCUCCAGACUAAUAUCAGUUAUACUACUGAUGUUUGUAAAUUAAACAGAUAUUUACUUCACUAA